UGUGUCAGUUUAAAUGGUUUAACCAACAAAGCUACAGCUGCAUCCACGCAAGGUUAUGUGAUACGGAGGAGUAGCUAGAGCCAAACUAAAUGACACCGACUGGGAAAAGGACGUCUUCUCGGGAAAUGGAUCUAAUAAACCGACAAUCUGAUCAAAUUAAAGAAUCGGGUGGCCAUAAAGAUAAAGACCCAGACUGCCAAAAUAGUUCAGAGACAGAGGAUGAACCUUUGCUCCGAGAAAACCCCAGACGGUUUGUCGUCUUCCCCAUCCAGUACCCCGACAUCUGGAAGAUGUACAAGCAGGCACAGGCGUCUUUCUGGACGGUGGAGGAGGUUGAUCUGUCCAAAGAUUUGGCACACUGGGACCGUUUGAAGCCUGAAGAGAAACACUUCAUCUCCCAUGUCCUAGCGUUCUUUGCUGCAAGUGAUGGUAUCGUCAACGAGAACCUGGUGCAGAGGUUCUGCCAGGAAGUGCAGGUCCCUGAAGCACGCUCCUUCUACAGCUUCCAGAUCCUUAUAGAGACCGUUCAUUCAGAGAUGUACAGCAUGCUCAUCAACACUUACAUCAGGGACCUGAAGGAGAGGGACUACUUAUUUAACGCCACUCAGACCAUGCCUUGUGUGAGACGAAAAGCAGACUGGGCGCUCAAGUGGAUAAGUGACAGCAAAUCCACAUUUGGGGAGCGAAUUGUGGCUUUUGCAGCAGUGGAGGGAAUAUUCUUCUCCGGCUCAUUCGCUGCCAUUUAUUGGCUCAAGAAGAGAGGACUAAUGCCUGGCCUUACCUACUCCAACGAGCUGAUUAGCAGGGAUGAGGGCCUGCACUGUAACUUUGCCUGCCUGCUGUACAGCUACCUGGUGAAAAAGCCAUCAGAGGACCGGGUGAAGGACAUCAUCACCAAAGCUGUUAGCAUUGAGCAGGAGUUUUUGACAGAAGCGUUGCCAGUGGAUCUCAUUGGCAUCAACUGUUGUUUGAUGAAGCAGUACAUUGAGUUUGUGGCCGACCGGCUUCUCUCUGACCUCGGACAGGCCAAGGUAUACCUGGCCGAAAAUCCAUUUGACUUCAUGGAGUCCAUCUCACUAGAGGGGAAAACCAACUUCUUCGAGAAACGAGUCGCAGAGUAUCAGCGAUUUGGAGUUAUGACAAGCAUGAUGGACUCUGAAUUCACUCUAGAUGCAGACUUCUGAAACUGAAAUGACACUGUUACAUUUUACCUGCUUAUUUAUUUAUUUUUUUUAACAGUUAUUGACCAAAAACGGAUUUGUUACAAUACUAUCACAGUAUUACAAAUGAGAAAUACAUGGUCAAGGCUGUACAAGUUUCUGGCAAGGGGGCACUGAGAAUUACACCAAGAAUCAAUUAGUCAUUAUAGUUUGUUAAGUGGAAUAAGGUGAACAAAUGGACUUUACAAGCUCUGCUCAUGAUUGACCUCAACAUGUUCAAGAUAAAUUAUGAGUGGUGUGAUAGGAGAGAUUAUUCUCUACUUCUUUUGGAGACGGUUCAUUACCUGGGAUAUAUUUUAUUGGGUCUGCAGCUCUGGCUGCUAGUUUCUAUGGUUAGUUUUUAACAUCAUGUGUAAUGUACAAUAAAAUGUUUUGUAAAAUGA